AUGCAUCUUCAACCGCCUUCUGGAUCUGGUACACCAGUCCUCGAUAACACAAAGAUGGAGGAGGAAGAAAUGGUGGGAGAUGUUCCAAAGCGCAUGGCCAUUAUCGGCAUGUCCUGUCGUCUUCCGGGACAAGUAUCCACCGCUGAUGACCUGUGGGAUUUGUGUUCAAGAGGAAAAAGCCCUUGGUCAGAGGUUCCAAAAGCCCGAUUCAACACCAACGCAUUCUAUCAUCCGAAUCCAGACCGACCUGGCUCAUACAACGCUCAAGGCGCACAUUUCUUGAGCGAAGAUGUUGGCCUAUUCGAUGCCCCAUUUUUUAAUAUCACUUUGCAAGAAGCGCGCUCCCUUGACCCCCAACAGCGCAUCAUUCUCGAAUGCACGUACGAAGCACUGGAGAACGCGGGUAUAUCGGUGAACUCGAUCGCGGGGAAGAAUGUGGGUGUGUUCUCCGGUGCCUCGUACCCGGAUUAUGACGCCAACAAUUGCAUGGAUAUCGACUCGAUUCCGAUGUAUGCGGGGACUGGCUGUGCUGGUGCCUUGCAGUCGAACCGCAUAUCAUACUACUUCGAUCUACACGGACCCAGCAUUACUGUCGAUACGGCCUGCUCUUCGAGUUUGGCCGCAUUACAUUUGGCCAGUCAGAGUAUUCGCAAUGGCGACUGUACCAUGGCAAUCGUUGCAGGGUGUCACUUGAACUUACUCCCACAGGCAUUUGUUAUCAUGACUCGUGCGAGAUUGCUUGCCGACUCGGGAAGGUCGUAUGCGUUUGAUGACAGAGCCAGCGGAUUUGGACGUGGUGAAGGUGCAGGUUGUAUUAUAUUGAAAUCUUUGGAGGAUGCUGAAGCGGCCGGUGACGCUAUCCGCUCGGUCGUCGUGAACAGUGGAACAAACCAAGAUGGUCGCACCCGGGGUAUUACAAUGCCCAACAGCGAAGCCCAAGAAAAACUGAUACGCGACAUCUACAAAGCGGCACGAAUCGACCCCUCUUUAACCGGUUAUGUCGAAGCUCACGGAACCGGGACAAAGGUUGGAGACCCUCUGGAAGCCAGGGCUUUGAAUGCAGUGUUUGGGAAAGGGCGUACACCAAAGCAGCCAUUGUUUGUUGGCUCGCUUAAGUCAAACGUUGGCCAUCUGGAAGGUUCCAGUGGUAUUGUAUCCGUGAUAAAAACGACCUUGAUGCUGGAGCGUGGGUUCGUGCUUCCAAACGCUAAUUUCAUGAAUCCGAACGAGGAGAUUCCCAUGGAAAAGUGGAAUAUGAAGAUUCCCAAGAAGCUCGUUCCUUGGCCUAGAGGCAAGACCUAUGCGAGCGUGAAUAACUUUGGUUUUGGCGGGUCCAAUGCCCAUUGUAUUCUUGAGCGCGGUCCUGUGAGUGGAGGCGAAGGAGCUGUAAAUGAAGAUCCAUUGACACGGAGGGUGUAUGUCGUGUCUGGAUAUGACAAGCAAGCGGCAGCCAAGUUGGCAGAUGAAAUGAUUUCAUACUUGCACCGCCAUCCACCUAUUUUUACCGACAGAUUACUAGACAACAUGGCUUAUACAUUGGGUCAGCGACGAAGUCAUUUCAAUUGGCGCAUUGCUGUCUCGGCUGCUGUUCACACAGACCUGAUUGAUUCCCUGGCGAGCAUCAAGGAACCAAUUCGUUCGAACGGAGAGCCAACAGUUGGAUUUGUGUUCACUGGCCAAGGCGCGCAGUGGCAUGGUAUGGGCAAGGAGCUUCUUCAGCGAUACCCAGUUUUCCGUAAAUCAAUGGAAGAUUUUGACAUUUGCUUGAAGACGCUUGGAGCAAAAUUCUCCAUUAUUGACGAACUUCAAUUGGAGGAUCCGAACGCAAGCUCGAUUUCUGAGGCAUACAUGAGUCAGCCAGCUUGUACUGCAGUCCAGCUCGCCCUUGUCGAUUUGUUGUCAACCUGGGGUAUCCGACCGAAGGCCGUCGUUGGCCACUCCAGCGGAGAAAUUGCAGCCGCUUACGCCGCUGAAAUACUGACCUUGGGAGAAUGUGCUUCCAUUGCGUACUGUCGAGGUAUCGCAGCGGACAUGGUCGCCAAGGAUAAGUCAGUGCAGGGUGCAAUGCUGGCAGUCGGAGCAAACGCCGGGGACAUUCAACAGAUCCUAGAUGCGAUGCGAGGCCAGCAAGCUGUGAUCGCCUGUGUCAACAGCGAAUCCAGUGUGACUUUGUCCGGUGACAGAGAUGUCAUCGGGGUCUUACAGACUGCCCUCGAUAAAGAAGGCAUUUUCACUCGCAAGCUACAUGUCGAUGUUGCGUACCAUUCCCAUCAUAUGCAACUCGUUUCGAAGCAUUAUCAAAGCUUGCUUGGAAAGAUUGUCCCUCGUCAGUCGGCGAUUCCAUUCCACUCAACUGUUUAUGGAAAGCUAGUCCCAGGAAGCACACUUGAUGCUUCUUACUGGGUCGAGAACCUAGUUUCCCGUGUGGACUUUGUAAAAGGAGUACAGAGCCUUCUGACAGAUUCAUCCAACGGUAAAAUUGAUACUCUCAUUGAAGUUGGUCCUCACCCAGCACUCCAGAAUCCUGUAAAGGAUAUUGUGAAAUUGCACGACGAAAAACGCACAAUGCACUUUGCACAUACCCUCCAACGGAAGAUGGAUGGAAUUGAGGCUGUUCAACAGCUCGCAGUCACAAUGUUCAACCGAGGCCUGAAUCUAAACUUCAAGGCCAUUAACUUCCCCAAUCAAGCCGCAAGACAGCCGCAAGUUCUGACCAACCUUCCAACAUACCCUUGGAACCAUAGUGAAAGGUACUGGUUUACCUCCCGAGUGGCGAAGAAUAUCCUUCACACCGCAUUCCCACGAAAUGAUAUCCUUGGCACAAUCUGUAUGGACAACAUCGAUGUUGAGCCACGGUGGAGAAACAUUGUGCGCGCUGACGAUCAUCCCUGGAUCCGACAGCACAAGGUACAGGACAACAACGUUUACCCUAUGACUGGAUUCUUGGCAAUGGCCAUGGAGGCAAUCUCACAACAAGCACAACUCCAUCACUUGGUGCCAGGGAAGAUUGAACUCCGGGACAUUUCUAUCACCCGUGUCCUUAUGAUUCCUGACAACGGAGCGGUUGAGACAAUGUUCACUCUCCGACCAGCUCGGGGAGAGUCCUCUGGAAGAUCAAUUCUUGGCUGGCAUGAGUUCAAAGUCUUCUCUUGGGCAGAGAGCCGGGGCUGGGACCAGCAUUGCAGUGGGCUCGUCAUGGUUCAUGAAACGAAGGAAGUAAACCCGGUGAACGGGUCUCGUCAACAGAGUAUUACAGAGAAAGCUCUGGUACAGAUGGUGGCGGACCUACAGGCAGUAUGCACAAAGCCAAUCGACUCCGACGCUCUUUACGAGGAUAUCAGCAGCGGCGGUGUUAAAUAUGGCACACUUUUCCGGCGCUUGUCCAACAUUUCUGUUGGCCCACAACACCAGGCACUUGCCAGAUUUGAGGUCCCAGAUACAAGUAUUUGCAUGCCCAAUGGGCGUGAAACCGAUUGCGUUGCCCACCCUGCCACGCUCGAUCUAUGCUGCCAGGCGAUGUGGGUUCUGACAGGAUUUGGCCAACCAGGCAAAAAGCAAACCCACGUCCCCUCCCACGUUGAUCGCUUCACAGUAUGUCUGGAUCAUAAACUUAGCGCUGGGACUUGCUUGCAGCUUUUCGGCUCUCGCUCAGGGAUGGAAUCGGUCAGCUUCCCUGAGAGCAACCGGAUCAUCGCUACUCGUGCGGAUAACGCCAAUGAUGUGAUUGUGGACGUUAAUGGAAUCACCCUGGUCCCUCUUGCCGGUGAAAAUAGGGGCAGUAAGGAUAUUGCACCAGACCCAAUGUGCUACAAGAUACAAUGGGAGCCGUGCUUUGAGUUUCUUUCUGAGGAGACCUACCAACAGCUCCCUCGUGCCCAGGUUGGAGAUGGACAUGGAGGAGAGAGAACACACCGUUUACAAAAAAUGGCUGUUCACUGGCUUCGGCAAGCCAUCAAAGCUGUCCCGGAAGAAGAAUUCUCCACCCUUCAGAGUCACCAUCAAAAGUUCUAUAGAUGGGCUCAAAAGACAUGUCAAGAGGCGCCGAUUUGUGACAUGUCUACGUUCAUUGAGGAGGUUAGGAACUCCAAUGCCGCUGGAAAGCUUAACUGCUAUGUUGGCGAGCGUCUUCCUGACAUUCUUCGUGGCAAGCUCGACGCUCUCACACUCAUGCUUGAGGACGACAUGCUUGGAGAGAAUUACAAAGACCUUGACAAUCUCCAAGAGUCCUACGCUCACGCGUCGGUUUGUGUUGACAAGAUGGCGCAUCAGAAUCCAAAUCUGAACAUCCUUGAAAUUGGCGCUGGAACUGGAGGUGCUACUUUACCCAUCUUGGAAAGUCUGGGUGGACGUGAACCGGGUACCACGCCUAGAUUUGGCCACUACACCUAUACCGAUAUUUCACCUGGAUUUUUCGAAAAAGCCAAGAGCAAGUUUGAGCCUUGGAGUCAUCUUAUGACCUAUCAAACUCUCGAUGUUUCGACCGAUCCCAUGGCCCAAGGAUGCAAGCCAGAUACCUACGAUCUAGUGGUUGCCUGCAAUGUUCUCCAUGCCACGCCUAACAUGAAUGAGACGAUGGCCAACAUUCGUUCUAUCAUGAAGCCUGGUGGCAAGAUCAUACUGAUCGAAGAGACUAAAUCGUCCGCCAUGCACUUCCCAUUCGCUCUUCUGACCGGAUGGUGGCUAGCCAGUGAGGAAAUCCGUCAGGAUGGCCCUCUACUUAGCGAGCAGGGCUGGUCCAAUGUCAUGAAGGCAAACGAUUUCACUGGCGUUGAACUCAGUGUGGAGGCAUAUCCGGGCGCUUCCUACCAGACUGGUUGUGUGAUGAUCUCCACGGCGAACACACUGAAAUCAGGCCCCAGCAACCCCGGAGACAUUGUCAUCAUUGGUAGCGAGUCUCUCGGCAGUGUGUCAUCCUUGAUCCUUGAAGCUGGCUUGAAGGAGAUGACUGAUGUGGUGCCAACAACUGCGUCAGAUCUAAGCACUGCCGAUGUAAAUGACAAGUGGUGCAUCUUCCUAGGUGGUAUGGACCGGAGUAUUCUGUCUCAUCUCACGGCAGACAAGUUUCAAGAGAUCCAGCGCCUUAUCGGUGGUGCAAGAGGAAUACUCUGGGUUGUUCGUCAUACCAAAUCCGACCCGGAGUCUCUAGGAUCCAACAUGGCAAUUGGUCUUGCGCGAACUGUUCGCUCCGAGACUGGUCUCCCCUUUGCGACUCUCGACCUGGGAGAAAGAGAGAGUGUAACUGAUGCAGAGGCUGUGAACCACAUGCUGAAGGUCUUCGGGGGAAUAUUCUGUCACAAGUCACAGCUCAAUCAGGGAGAUUUCGAGUUUGUCAUUCGGAACGGCCAUGUAUCUUUGCCUCGUCUGCUUGACAACCAUGCUCUAAAUUCGAGCGUGCAACUUGAGACCUCAGACGCACCUCCUCAGAUGCAGCUAUUCAAGCAGGAUAGAGCACUCCGACUUACUGCCGGACAGGGUCGUGUUCUUGAUGAGCUCCAUUUCACCGAUGACACCUCCCGAGAUGAGCCACUCCCUGAUGACUAUAUCGAGAUCCGCAUCCAUGCCACCGGCCUCAACUUUCGAGAUGUGUUACUGGCCAUGGGCCAGCUCCGAGGCAACAAGCUUGGCCAAGAGUGCAGUGGAGUUGUAUGCAAGGUCGGAGCCGCAGUGAGAGACUUCAGUGUUGGAGACCGUGUCAGCGCCAUGUCGCCAGGAUCACUUUCAACCUACACGCGCUGCCAUUCCUCAUGGGCAUGGGUAAUUCCGUACGACAUGUCCUGGGAGGUUGCAGCAUCAAUCCCGGCUGUAUUUUGCACGGCAUUCUAUUCCCUUGUUGAAUUGGGACGGCUGGCCGAAGGUGAGAGUGUUCUUAUUCAUGCAGCAGCUGGUGGAGUUGGCCAAGCAGGCAUCAUCAUCGCCCAGAAAAUUGGCGCCAAGGUCUUUGCAACAGUUGGAAGCGUUGAGAAGAAGAAUUUCUUGAUGAAAACUUACGGUCUGAAGGAGGACCAGAUCUUCUACAGCCGUGAUACUUCUUUCUCUCGAGGCAUUCUCAAUGCCACUGGCGGAGAGGGUGUUGAUGUCGCUGUUAACUCGCUGAGUGGAGAUGCCCUGCAAGCGACCUUUGAAUGUGUUGCUCCUUUUGGGCGGUUCAUUGAGCUAGGCAAACGUGACAUCGACCAGAACUCCCGAUUGGAAAUGGCCCACUUCAACAAAAAUGUAACAUUUUCCUCGGUAGAUUUGGGCGUUGUAAGAGAGAAGAACCCAAGGCUCACAAGGCGAUUGAUGCGCGAGGCGUUUUACACUUUUGCCAACACAAACGCCCAGUCACGCUGGCCUAUUACCGUGAUGCCGAUCUCUGAGGUCGAGCAAGGCUUACGAGCUUUGCAGGGUGGCCAGGUUAUUGGAAAAUUGGUUGUCACAUUGACUGAUGAUGCCAAGGUUAAAGUUCACCCGGCAAGGAAGGAAGAGAAGCUACUCCACGCUGAAGGUACUUACAUUGUUGUCGGAGGUACUAGCGGCAUUGGUCUCGAUCUCGCCAGCUGGAUGCCCAACAAAGGAGCAAAACACAUCCUACUUGUUUCCAGAAGUGGAGCUUCAACCGAAGAAGCCCAGAAAGCCAUUCAAGAUCUCAAAUCGCAGGGCGUGACUGUGGAAGUUUGUCGUUGUGAUAUCUCCAACCCACAGAGUGUAGAACAGAACAUGGUUCCGUUGUUAAGCCGAUUGCCUACUGUUCGUGGUGUUAUCUACGGUGCAAUGGUUCUUCGAGACACACUCUUCGAAAAGCUCACACAUGAGGACUACGAAGCCGUCAUGAGACCUCGAAUCCACGGAAUCUGGAACCUGCAAAAUACCCUACAGAGUGCCAGCGUCAGCUCAAACCUCGAUUUCUUUAUCACACUGUCAUCAGCUGCCAGCUUUGUUGGAAAUCUCGGCCAGUCACCAUAUGCCGCGAGUGGUACAUACAUGGCGGCAUUGGCCGCCUACCCCGAGGUAUCGGGUAUCCCAUGCACAACAAUCGAUCUUCCCAUCGUCCGUGGUGUAGGAUAUCUAUCUGAUGACUCCAAACGCGAGCAAAUCGCCGCCUCACUGGGCACCGAUUCUGUCGACGCAACCGACAUCCGUGGCCUCGUGGCCGCAGCCAUGCGAAACGAAAUGCGGGAAACCUGCGAAGGCCACUGCGUCGUCGGCUUCGACGGUGUAAAGAGACAACCCGCCUCCGAGCAGCCAUUCUGGAUAACCGAUACCAAGCUCUCGCAACUCCUCCGUCUCUCUACAUUGGCCGAAACGGGUGCUCCAACCGAUGGAGCGGCAUCCGACCAAAUUUCCCCAGCAACGGCAAUCCGGCAAUGCCAAAGCCGCGAGGCUGCAGAAGCUAUCGUGGUCACUGCAUUAGCUGGUAAGAUCUCCAACAUCCUUAUGCGUCCCUUAGAGGAAUUGGACCCCACAGCUCCGGUCUCCAUCUACGGCUUAGAUUCACUUGUGGCCAUUGAGAUCCGGAACUGGAUUACGCGAGAGUUGGAAUCUAGUAUGCAAGUUUUGGAGAUCUUGGCUGGGGAUUCUUUGCUUGCUCUUGCGGAACAUAUUCUCAGGAAAUCGGCUAUUCUCACACCAAAGGUGAAGACAGAGUGGGGACUUGAUGUUGCUGAAGCGCGAACUGCUCAAACUUGA